GUCUUGGCCGCCGUCAGAGAGACAAACCCCGUACGCUUUAAACCUUGCGCAGGCGCACUAGGUCGAGGUCGCUAUGCGAGUGCUCGUGGGUGGCGGGACGGGCUUCAUCGGGACAGCCCUAUUCCAGCUGCUAAGAGCCCGGGGCCACGAAGUGACGCUGGUCUCCCGACAGCGGGGUCCCGGCCGGAUCACCUGGGAUGCGCUCGCCCAGUCGGGGCUGCCCAGCUGCGACGCCGUGGUCAACCUGGCCGGAGCGAACAUCCUCAACCCUCUCCGAAGGUGGAACGAAGCCUUCCAGGAAGAGGUUCUCAGCAGCCGCCUGGAGACCACGAAGAUACUGGCUAAAGCCAUCAGCGAGGCCCCACAGCGCCCCCAGGCCUGGGUCUUAGUCACAGGUGUAGCUUACUACCGGCCCAGCCAGACUGCAGAGUAUGACGAGGACAGCCCAGGAGGGGAUUUUGACUUUUUCUCCAAGCUCGUAGCCAAGUGGGAAGCUGCAGCCAGGCUUCCUGGAAACUCUACACGCCAGGUGGUGGUGCGCUCUGGAGUUGUGCUGGGCCGUGGUGGUGGCGCCAUCGGCCACAUGCUGCUGCCCUUCCGCCUGGGCCUGGGGGGCCCCAUUGGCUCAGGCCAUCAGUUCUUCCCCUGGAUACACAUUGGGGACCUGGCAGGAAUUGUGGCCUAUGCCCUGGAAGCAGACCACGUGCAGGGAAUCCUGAAUGGAGUAGCCCCAGCCUCUACCACGACCAAUGCGGAGUUUGCCCAGGCCUUGGGCACUGCCCUGGGCCGCCCAGCCUUCAUCCCUCUCCCCAGUAUUGUGGUGCAAGCUAUCUUUGGGCGAGAACGUGCCAUUAUGCUACUGGAGGGUCAGAAGGUGGUCCCACGGCGGACACUGGCUGCUGGCUACCAGUAUUCCUUCCCAGAGCUCGGGGCUGCCUUGAAGGAAGUCGUAGCCUAAGUGGGAGGGCUCAUGGCAGGGGCUGGAGGACCUGUCCCUGAACAAAGGUUUCCUGGUUACAUAAUCCACCUGGGCUCAGUAUGCUACAGACCCAGUACUCCUCUACUUGAGAUCUGAAACCGUCUGGAUUUUAGGGACUCCUGUUCCCCUUCCUUUGCCAUUGUUCCAUCUUGUGUAACUAAGAGACUGUCCCUUACCCCCUUCAACUCCUAGUAAAAUUCCCAUGUUUGGUUUGUCCCCAUGCCCCACUGCCGGCCCAGUUCUAUAUGCUAGAAUGCUCUGUGGUUUUGGCAAUAAAGAUAAAUGAUCUCACCA